AAUACAGAACAUUUCAAGCUGUUGAAGCGUCACUGCUCACUCCCUCCUUCUUCGACACAGAGAAAGAGAGAGAGAGAGAACCAACCACCAUUGAAACCCGAGCUAAAUGCCCAUAGAUCCGUUUACAUUGCCGGAUUUUAACCCGACCCACUAACCCAAACAAUCCCAUCACUCUUCUUCUUCCUCACUACUCUCCAUUUCUCACUAUUCUUUGGUGGAAAAAAAAAGAAGAAACAGAGCAAAAGAAUCAAUUUUUCUCUUUUGUUGCUGUUGUUUCUUGUCCUUUAUUAGUACUUUCCUUCAUACCCACUUCUUGAAAAUUCUAUUUUUUGUUUCAGUUCUUGCAGUAAAAGCCAAAAAAAGAGCCAAAAACAACAAACAUAUAGGAAAAAUUAAGUGUAAAGUUGUAGUCUUGGUAGUUGGUACCAUGUUGGAUAUGGUAAAAAUUGAGGUUCUUGGUGUAAGGAAACUUCAGAUCUGAUGGGAAGAACAAGUGUUGUUGCUGCUUUCAUGGUCCUUUUUUUUAUUUGUCGUUGACUUCAAGGAGUGAAGAUAAAAGCAAUAAACUAGACAAAUUCUUCAAGACUCACUUUUUGGUUAAGAGGGGUACUGAUAUAAUCAUUCAUCAAUUAGUAAAAAUGUUGGCUUUUGGAAGUCCUAGUGGUAAUGCUAGUAGUACAAGCUCUACUUGCCACUCUUUACUUAGAGAACUGCAGCAAAUAUGGACUGACAUUGGAGAGAGUGAAGCUGAUAGAGACCGUAUGCUGUUGGAGCUAGAAAGAGAGUGUAUGGAAGUCUAUCGAAGAAAAGUUGAAGAAGCCGCCAAUGCAAAAUCACGUCUUCAUCAGUCUGUUGCAGCUAAAGAAGCUGAGCUUGCAACCUUAAUGGCUGCUCUUGGUGAACACAACAUUAAUUCACCGAUACAGUCAGAGAAAAUGUCAGCUUCAUUAAAGGAGCAGCUUGGGUUAAUCAUGCCUCUUGUUGAUGAUUUAAAAGCAAAGAAAGAUGAGAGAGUUAAGCAGUUAGCAAAUAUAAAGGCGCAAAUUGAGAAAAUAACUAGCGAAAUUUCAGGAUGUAGCAAUAUUGUCAAUUCUCUGAGUACCUUAAACUUGGAAGAACAUGACUUGUCGACGAGAAAGCUCUCAGAAUGCCAAUCCCAUCUACAUGUUCUCCAAAAGGAGAAGUCUGUGCGGAUUCAAAGAGUUCUGGACAGUGUAAAUGAGGUUCACACAUUGUGCGGUGUACUUGGGCUGGAUUUUGGUGAAACUGUAAGUAAUGUGCAUCCAAGCUUGCACGAGACAAGCCUGGGACAGUACACAAACAUCAGUGACAGCACAUUGGAAGGUCUAGACCAGGCCAUCCUUAAAUUGAAAACAGAAAGAAAAGUUCGAUAUCAGAAGCUAAAGGAUGUGGCGGGAUCUCUAUUUGAGCUUUGGAACCUGAUGGAUACAACGAGAGAAGAAAGGCAUAAGUUAUCAAGGAUCAUUUCCUUCCUUGAUAUUUCUGAAUCAAAGGUUGUGGAACCAGGUGCACUUACGUUGGAGGUUAUUCAGCAGGUAUCAGCAGAAGUUGAGAGGCUUACCAAAUUGAAAGCAAGCAGAAUGAAAGAGUUGGUGAUGAAGAGGAGGGCAGAACUGGAGGAUUUGUGCUAUAAAACUCACAUACAACCUGAUUCAAGUACUGCUGCUGACAAAUCCAGUGCGAUGAUCGACUCUGGUCUUGUGGACCCCUGUGAACUCCUGGCAAAUAUUGAAGCACAAAUAAACAAAGUAAAGGAUGAAGCUUUAAGCCGAAAAGAAAUUAUGGAUAAGAUAGAGCGGUGGCUUUCAUCAUGUGAUGAGGAAAACUGGCUUGAAGAUUAUAACCUGGAUCAUACACGUUACAGUGGUGGAAGAGGUGCUCAUAUAAAUUUAAAGCGAGCAGAACGAGCAAGAAUUACAGUGACUAAGAUUCCAGGUAUGGUUGACAGUUUGAUUAACCGGACACUAGCUUGGGAACAUGAGAAUCAGAAGUUGUUUCUGUAUGAUGGGGUGAGAUUGGUGUCAAUAUUGGAGGAUUACAAAGUCAGUCGACAUCAGAAAGAAGAGGAGAAGAAACGUGCCCGGGAUCAGAAGAAACUCCAAGAUAUGCUGCUGGCAGAGAAGGAAUCUGUAUAUGGUUCUAGACCUACUCCGAGAAGAAGCAGCAGCUUUAGGAAGACGAAUGGAUACCAUACAAAUGGAAACGGGUCAGUCACCCCCUCACCACGCCGGAACUCAGUUGGUUGUGCAACUCCAGACCUUCAAACACCCCGUUCUUACUCUGGGCGGCAGAAUACCUAUUUCAAGGAAAUGAGAAGACUUUCUACUGUCCCUCUCAACUUUGUAGCUAUGGCAAAGGAAGAUACCAUGUCAUUUUCUUCCAUUGGCGGUUCAGAGCCUGAAUCUCCACCUCAAGGCUGAAUUCACAUCUUGAGUUGGGAGAUGAUGAUAUAAUCCAAGACCACAUAUAACCUCAUAAUUUGUGAAUACUGAAGGGGAAUGUACACUACUGUGAUGCUGUUAGGCUGUUCUAGGCACUUGGUGACUUUUUUGCUAGUGACUUCUGCUGGUUACUAUAGAUAUUGUUUGUGGAUAUAAUAGUGACAUGGAAGUUCUCUGUUUGAAUAGAUCUUCACUGACCAAUAUGUACCUUGAGCUUUUUCUUUUGGUUUUUGCAUGUACAUAUAGUGGAAUGUAAUUGCUGUGAAUUGAUUAAGAAUCCUUGUUUAUUUA